CUUUUUAAUUUUGCUAUUUUUGGUGAAAUCAAACCUUUGUUUUUUUUUUACAUCUAAAGUUCUUCCAUCGAGAUUGUCUGCUCUUAAGAUUACAGAGAUUACUUGUUCUGUUUUUACAUUUAGUUAUUUGUGUUACCAGAAAACCCUAAUUUAUAAUGGGUUCGUUCUGCUUGCCAUGGUCGAAGAUCGAGUGACACCCAAAAUUGUACCAGUUGUAGGACCUAAUUUCUCAAUUUUUUUCUCUGAUUUUUGAAAUUGUUUUGUAUAUUGCCGAAGGGAGGAACAACAUAGCUUUAUGGUACAGAAAAAAAUCCUCAUGCAUAUCUUAGAAGGAUUAAUUAAAGAACUUGCUGUGGAUAUUCUAUAAUUUGAUAGAGCUCGAUAUGGAGAAAGUGAUCCAAACCCUGAAAUAUCAGUGAAGAGUAAUGCAAUUUUCAGGGACUUGCUGAUGAGUUAGAACUUGGUUCAAAAUCUGACAUCAUUGGGAUUCCUAUGGUUGUGCAUACCAAAUAGGGAUGCAAAAGCACAAGGCAUAGGCAUACCACCACACGUUUCAGUGAAGACGGGAAACAAUGGAAGAUCAGUUAAUAAAGCACUUGCAAAGUGAAAACAUUGGGCAUCACAAACAUUUGCAGCCUAUAUAUACUUUUACCCUUAUGAAGUAGCAAGUUGAUGAGGAUAAAGAUAAUGCGGUGAUAGGGGACUGUUGGCUUGGAUUGGUGUUCUAGAAUUGACCAGUGAACACAGUUGCCUUAAGGGAACUUGAAUUCUGAGAUUUUCUUUUUUGUGGAAAUUUGUUCUUUGUUUCUCAAUAUGGGAAUGUUCGUCAAAGUCAGAUUUAUAAUUUUGAAUAGGAUAUUACCACUACUGUCAGUUGAAGAAACUCAGAUUCAUUUAAUGACCUCUGCUAAUAGUAGUACUUGGAUUUUGGGGACAACUACAGCUAGUAAAUAUGAAAUUUUCUAUUCCAAGGUACCAUAAACAUAGAUCAAGACCAUAUUAGCAUGUCAUGGAAUCCACGUAGAAAGGAAUAAACGUAUUCAAUAGGCAUCACUCCUAUGCAACUAAGGGAAAACUACCAACAGCCACCACACAAAUUAAACAGACAAACAAAGAGAUUCCUGUCAAGAACUUGAUCAUCCAACCUAAAAUGUGGUUAAAAUUAACACCCUCAUCCACUCGAAAGCGAAUGACUGAAAUUAUACAAGUCACCCAAUUAAGAACCCUUCAUUUGUGACUUGUAUAAUUUCGGCCAUUCACUAUUUCGCUUUCAGGUGGAUGAGUGGCGAAAAAAAUCAUAGAAUUAUUGUUCUCCAGGAAAAGUCUUCUUGCUUAAUAUGCAACUUCCCUCUUUGAUAUCGUUCUAUAAAUAUUCUGAUCCAAUCUUCUACAAUAUUUUAAUUAUACAACAUAUUUUUCCUAAAAUUCCACUGCAAUCAGAAUACCAAGUGGUAUUAGUAGUUACCAUGCAUUUCAUUUUUAUGUACCCGGUAACCUUAUGGAAUCAUCUACUGCCGCUGAUAACAGUACUAGUAGUACUGUUAGUAGUAGUAAAUUCAGAACCUCAAAUAAAUCUUUUAGAUAGAGGUUGUAGUUUAUAUAAUGCUACAAGACAAUCUUUAUUCUUGUCGAAUCGUGAUUCGACGUUUUCAGAUCUUCGUAAGAAAUUGAGCAGCGGUGAUAAUAUUCGGUUUGCAACUGCAAAAACAGCUAUAACGUCUGACCCUGUAUAUGGGAUGGCUCAGUGCAGGAAUUACCUCUCUACUUCUGAUUGUUUAUCUUGUUUUUCUGCUGCUGUUUCUCAAAUUCGAAAUUGUUCGUCUGCUAAUGGCGCUAGAGUUAUUUACGAUGGUUGCUUCUUGAGGUACGAGAGCAAUGUGUUUUAUGAUCAGACAACACUCCUUGGUAACUUCGGUACUUGUGGUAACAAAACUGCAUCACAAGCAGGUGCUUUUAAUACAUCAGUUGAUGGGUUGCUAUCAGACCUUGUCAUUGCAACGCCAAAGAUAGUAGGGUAUUUUGCAGCAACAAAGAGAGAAAUAGCCAGUGGGAGUAACAAUUUUGUAUACAGUGUGGCACAAUGUGCUGCAACAGUGAGCGAAACUGGAUGUGUAAAUUGCUUAGCGGUGGCACUCAAAAAUAUAGCAAGUUGCCCUCCUCAUAUUGAAGGGAGAGCAGUGGAUGCAGGAUGUUUUUUGAGGUAUUCAAAUACAGCGUUCUUCAGCAACAACCAAACAAUGGACCUCGCACCUUUCUUGAAGACAAAAGGAGGUUCAACCAAAAAGAAAGCUGUCAUUGGAUUCGUCGUUGGAGGGGCUGCUUUCAUAUUGUCCCUGAUUGCUGUCAUUACAUUAUUUAUGUUAUUCAAACGAAGACCGAAGAAGGCUCGUAAAGGGAAUAUUUUAGGGGCAACUGAGUUAAGAGGACCAGAGGUCUUCGGUUAUAAAGAUCUUAAAUCUGCAACAAGAAAUUUUAGUGAAGAAAAUAAACUUGGAGAAGGAGGAUUUGGAGAUGUUUACAAGGGUAUUUUAAAGAAUGAGAAAAUUGUUGCAGUCAAGAAACUUGCAUUCAUCCAGUCUAGCAGAGCGAAGAUAGAUUUCGAUAGCGAAGUGAAGCUAAUUAGUAAUGUCCAUCACCGGAACCUUGUUCGGCUUCUUGGUUGUUGUAGUAAAAGCCAAGUAUUAAUAUUGGUUUAUGAAUACAUGGCAAACAGCAGCCUUGACAAAUUCUUAUACGGUGAGAAGCGAGGGACGCUAAAUUGGAAGCAGCGAUUUGAUAUAAUUCUUGGCAUUGCCCGGGGACUAUCAUAUCUACAUCACGAGUUUCAUGUUUGUAUUAUACACCGGGAUAUAAAGUCCAGUAAUAUACUUUUAGAUGAUGAUUUCCAACCUAAAAUUGCCGAUUUCGGUUUGGCAAGACUUCUUCCAGAGGAUCAAAGUCAUCUUAGCACUAAAUUCGCCGGAACCUUGGGUUACACGGCACCAGAGUACGCAAUCCAUGGUCAGUUAUCCGAGAAGGUUGACACUUACAGCUAUGGUGUAGUUCUUCUUGAAAUCAUAAGUGGUCGAAAGAUCAACGAUAUAAAACUUGAACCUAUUACUCAGUACCUUCUUGAAUGGGCUUGGAGAUGUUACGAGGAUGAGACACUGAUGGAUUUGGUUGAUAAAGAUUUAGACGCAAAUGAGUACGAACCACACGAAGUAAAGAAAGUUCUAGAGAUUGCUUUGAUAUGUACACAGUCCUCGGUUUCACUGAGACCAACAAUGUCUGAAGUCGUUGUUAUGUUGUUAAGCAGAGAUUCCCAAAAGUUAAGACCAACUAAACCUACAUUCAUUGAUGCGUUUAGUAGGGUUCGUGGAGAUACGUCGACGUCAACCGCUGGUUCAUCCACAUCUAACGCCACUAUGUCAUUUACUGAAGUCUCCAGUCGCUGAAAAUUGAUAGUUGCUACUAAAUCGUCCCUUGACAAAUCAACUUGCUCAAGAGUGUCGGUUUUUUAAUUUUUGAUUAUUCUCAAAGGCCGUGUGUAUUAAUUACGAUUUGGAAAGUCUAAUAUGUGAAGACGUGUUUAUGAUUCAAAGUAUGGGAGAAAUAUGGGAAUAAAUUUUUUUUUGCAGCUGCAAAAUAUUA